CUGCAAAAUGUCGUGCUGUGGAUGUAGCUCAACCAAAAGGACUGCGUUAUUUUUACUGGGAAGUAGAUAUAGAUUCCCCGCCCCGUACAAACAAAACGAACCUUUGGGCUGAGACCCGCUAUGAACCGUUCCAGCCCCAAAGCAAACUUUUUUCAGAAAUGAACAAGCAUCUGCAAAUGUGAAGACUUGACAUCAUCCUGCAAUUGUAUGAACAGGUUUUGAACCUUCCUUUUUUUUUUUUAAAGGCUUAGAAACACCUUUUGUUGUCUCAGGCUCUUCCUUCUGUGACGGAAAAGCCAAACAGGUUGAUCAAGACCGACUUCGCCCUCAGUCCACCCAGCUGCACUGUAUUGCUGGAUGCAAAAUAAGAGACCUGAAGGCACGAGCCAUGACGUCACCUAUCACCUCCGCGCAUGCGCACAACUGAAGUCCUUGGCACGCGCACAACGUCCCUUCCCUUCGCUGGUCUCUCUUCCUCCUCCUGAUUGGUCCGUUCAUCGCCUCGUCUUCCCUAAAUGCUGAUUGGUUAAAUUCUUCCAGCACGCCGCUUUUUUUUUUUUCUUUCUUUGGCGGCCCACGAUUGGACGGCUUUUCCGAUAGUCCCCCGUUCUGUUUAGUCAGUGCUGCAGUCAAGUCCCUCCCCCCAUGCUCUGAUUGGUCAGCAGCAUACACCCGUCCCCGCCCAUCUCCCUCUCAGCAGUGAGGGUAGCGAAUGUGUCCGUGGUCCGUACCCGUCAGCCCGCGGCGGAGCGGUUCCUCCCCGCCAUGGAGCUGUCGUACCAGACCCUGAAAGCCGCCUACCAGGUCAAGGAGGCGGAGGAGAUGCGGACAGAAGCCCGUCGAAAAAAUCUUCUCAUUCUCAUUUUGCAUUAUUUAACAGAGGAAGGGUAUAUUGAUGCUGCAAAUGCUUUGGAACAAGAAACCAAAUUAGGUUUACACGGCUUUGAAGUUUGUGACAACGUUGAUCUUGAGACUAUUUUGAUGGAAUAUGAAAGCUAUUACUAUGUCAAAUUCCAAAAAUACCCUAAAAUUACCAAAAAGAUCCAAGACACUGCAGAAAAUAAGCAGCAGCUAAGAAAUGGAGGGAGACCACGAAGGACAGCAAGUAGCUCUUCUCAUAAUCUCCCUAGGAUCAACCAUCAUCAAACAGUGCAGCGGCCAUUAUCAAAAACUUCAUCUGGAAGGACAGCUGAGCCUAAACCGUCUAGCAAGAAUACCCCCAAACAGGAGAAUGACCAUACACUUACUCUGGAGCAAUCUGAUUUUGGCUUAAACAUAUCUUCAAUCAACAGAAGUGGUGGAGGAGAGAGCAGUCAUCCAAAGAGGGGCCAAAUAAUUGACUUCCGUGGGAUGAUUCAAGAUGCCAUCAAAGGAUCAUCAAAUGAAAUAGCCUUAAACAGCCUUAACUAUGAUCCAGAUCCUUCUGAGCGAUUAUUAAAACCUCUGAGUGCUUUCAUUGGCAUGACUGGUGAGAUGAGAGAACUUGCAACGGUCAUAAGCAGAGACAUUUAUCUCCAUAAUCCAAACAUAAAGUGGGAUGACAUUAUUGGACUUGAUGCAGCCAAGCAGUUAGUCAAGGAAGCAGUUGUGUAUCCUAUAAGGUAUCCACAGCUGUUUACAGGGAUUCUCUCCCCGUGGAAAGGAUUAUUACUGUAUGGACCUCCAGGUACUGGGAAGACUUUGCUGGCUAAGGCUGUUGCCACUGAAUGCAACACAACUUUCUUCAACAUUUCAGCCUCCACCAUUGUCAGCAAGUGGAGGGGCGAUUCAGAAAAACUUGUCCGGGUUUUAUUUGAACUUGCCCGGUACCAUGCUCCUUCCACGAUUUUCUUGGAUGAGCUGGAGUCAGUAAUGAGUCAGAGAGGAACCGCUCCUGGUGGCGAGCACGAAGGAAGCCGGCGGAUGAAAACUGAAUUACUGGUGCAGAUGGAUGGCUUGGCCCGAUCUGAUGAUCUUGUAUUUGUUUUAGCAGCUUCUAAUCUGCCAUGGGAGUUAGAUUAUGCCAUGUUGCGACGGCUGGAGAAGAGGAUCCUGGUUGACCUCCCAAAUAAAGGAGCAAGGCAGGCUAUGAUUCAGCACUGGCUGCCCCCUGUGAGCAACAGCGGAGGAGUGGAGCUGAGAACAGAGCUGGACUACGGCUUGCUGGGCCAGGAGACCGGAGGGUACUCGGGGUCGGACAUUAAACUGGUCUGCAAGGAAGCAGCUAUGCGGCCAGUGAGGAAAAUCUUCAGUGCCCUUGAGAAUCAUCAGCCCGGUAGCAGUACUUUACCCAUAAUCCGACUGGACACGGUCACAACAGCGGAUUUCCUGGAUGUGAUUGCUCACACUAAGCCAUCGGCAAAGAAUUUAAGUCAGAAGUACACGGCCUGGCAGAGGGAAUUUGAGUCAGUUUGAGCCAGCAUUGGGCUAAAAUCAGAGGAAC